AUGAAGAUCUCUCAGGAUCUUGAAAAUACUUUGGUUGAAACAUUACUGAAACAUUACUCAUUUAUAAGUUUCAAUACAUAUUCUCUAAAGGGUGAGAUGGAAUUAUGGAAAACAAAGUGGGAACAGAAAAUUUGCAAAGGGUUACAAAUUCCAAACAAUGUAUUCAAUGCUAUCGAAGAAUGUCCUGAUAUUGUUUUCCCUUUUCCAGUUAGUGUAGCAACUGCAGAACGCAGCUUCUCAACUCUUCGCAGAUUAAAAAGUUGGUUAAGAAGCCGAAUGAAUGAGGAGAGACUGACUGGAUUAGCGCUUUUAAAUAUUCAUAGGAAUGAACCGAUCAAUAUAGACAGCAUUAUUGAUCGUUUUGCUGCUUCCAAUAAACGAGCUUUGGAGUUUGUUAUAUAA